CUAGUCCCGCCUUCCUUCCUCCGCCAUCGGACCGAGUGGCAGUUGCUUGCGUACGCCCUCCGGUCGUCGUCCUCCCAAAACCCGGGCCACCAUUUGUUAACAUACAUGCGCUGCACUGCUGAUAACACUUUUCUACCACUUUUGGGCUCCCAAGUUGAACUUCUCCACGGGGGAAUAGAAACAGAAGAGACGUCUUCCUCUACUCCGGAACAACAUUCAAGUCACAAGCCAUGCUCCUGCCCUCAAUUCUACUCUUCCUCGUUGGCCUCCUCAUGUGGCAUCCCAGCGCAUCGUGGGCUGCUAAAAUCAUUGUGGUGCCACCAACUCUGUUUGAAUCCCAUAUGUACAUUUUCAAGACGCUGGCCACCUCUCUGCAUGAGGAGGGCCAUGAGACCCAUUUCCUAGUCUCAGAGGGACGUGAGGUACUCCCUUCACCUCACUAUGAACUACAGCGCUACACGGGCGUUUUCAACAGCAGCACAGCUGAGAGUUUCCUGCAGUCUAAAGUUGGCAACAUCUUUUCAGGCCGCCUUACAUUUCUGGAGCUUUUUGACAUUCUUGAACACUACAGCCAAAAUUGUGAUGCUAUAGUCGGCAAUUCAGAGGUCAUGGCCCGCCUCAAGCAGGCCAAGUUUGACCUGUUGCUGGUGGACCCCAACGAAAUGUGCGGGUUUGUCCUUGCACAUAUACUCGGCUUGAAAUAUGCCGUGGUCAGCACAGGUUUGUGGUACCCUACGGAGGUGGGAGCCCCGACCCCGCUCUCCUACGUGCCCGUGUUCAACUCAUUGCUGACCGACCGCAUGUCACUGUUCCAAAGGAUCACCAACACAGCUGUCUACCUCAUAGAGAACUUUGGAGUCCAUUUUAUUUUGAUCCCCAAGUACGAUCGGAUCAUGAGGAAACAUGGAAUCAAGCCGCGAGUGGCUAUGACUGACCUGGUGCGAGGCAGCCAGAUGUGGAUGCUGUGCACUGACUUGGCGCUGGAGUUCCCCAGGCCUACCCUCCCACACGUGGUGUACAUUGGAGGCAUCCUCACCAGGCCAGCAAACCCACUGCCACAGGACUUUGAAGUAUGGGUGAAUGACACAGCAGAGACAGGCUUUGUUGUGGUGUCCUUUGGCGCUGGGGUGAAGUACCUUUCCCAUGACAUUGCACAUAAACUGGCAGGAGCCCUCGCCAGGCUCCCCCAGCGAGUCAUCUGGAGAUUUUCUGGUGCCCCACCCAGUAACAUUGGCAACAACACCAAGCUCGUUGAUUGGAUGCCGCAGAAUGACCUAUUGGGCCACCCCAACAUAAGGGCUUUCUUGAGUCACGGUGGGCUGAACAGUAUCUUUGAGGCCAUGUAUCACGGGGUGCCAGUGGUGGGUGUGCCCCUCUUUGGAGACCACUACGACACAAUGACCCGUGUGACCGCCAAAGGUAUGGGCAUUAUGCUGCACUGGAAAAGCAUGAGUGAGGACGACCUUUAUAAUGCCCUGGCCACCGUCAUCAAUGACACAAGGUACCGACAGCGGGCAGCCAUUCUCUCCACCAUCCACAAAGAUCAGCCCGACCACCCAGUGACUAGAGCCGUCUACUGGAUCAAUUACACCCUCCGUCACAAUGGCACAGAUCACCUGCGCUCUGCUGUAUACGACAUAUCCCUCUACCAGUACUUCUUGCUGGAUGUGAUUUUCGUUAUAGGGUCAGCCUUGGUCAUUCUGGGCGUUGCCUUGCGACAUUUGGGACGUUUACUGAGGGCAAAGUGUGGUGACAAGAGCCAAGUCGGCAGCGUUUCCAGGGAGGAUGGAAACAUGGUCAAUGGACACUGCUACUGCUUGUCCAACGGUAAACACCAAGGCAAUGGCUCCUUGAAGAAUGAGAAGAAGGUGAACUAAUGUUCUCAAAUGGCCAAGAGGGAUGAGGAGGCGGUUGCUCAAGGGCGUAGCCCUGGGUUUUUUAUUUUUAUUUUGUUUUUUUUUUAAUCAAUGCUUUGGAGGAGAGACCCUUGUUAGGACUGCAUCAAGAAGCAAAUGCCACUGAGAGUGAGGCUCAAAAAGGAUAUGCAAUAUGUGUAUUGAGUGUGUGUGUGUGUGUGUGUGUGUGUGUGUGUGUGUGUGUGUAAAAGUGUCACCACUGCAUGAGGAGAAUUUAAAGUCGAAUAACAGCCUCUGCUGCGGCAUAUCGUCAAAUUGGAACACUGAAGAUGCACGUCCCUCUGCUCUUUUAAGAGUGGAACGACCGUGAUGAAAUGAUAUCACGAACCACACAUGGACUUUCAAACUAUUUGGAAUAUUUAAUUGUUCGCUGCAAAGCUCACCAAGUGUCUGGGUUAGCCUCGAGGGCACACUUAUUUAUUUUUGUCAACACGAGUUUUAAUGAUGGAUGUUUUAUCCUAUUUUAAUUUAUUUCAUGGACUUAUUUCAUGGUGUGAUAACGUGAUGAUGGAUAUACAGUCGCUCCAAUAUCCACACUGUAAUGACAAGCUUUACCGGUGUAUGGUUGCUCUCUCAAUUAGGCCCUCAAAAUUAAGUCGUUCCUCCAGUUGUCAAGUUCGAUAGAAGAAGUCGAUUUCUCCUCGACAGCUUUUAGGGUCUAUGUUUACGAAUAAAAAAUGAUUUUAAAAAAAGAUGGUGAAUGAAUACUGAAAGUCUAAAUCAUGAUUUAUUAGCCUAGUUAGCUCCCUGUUCCUGUCUAAUUUCAUCCAUCAAUGUAGUCCCAAUAGACCAGGUUGAAUCACUUGCUCUUUUGUGAGGAGAGUGUGGCUUUCAUCAGGAGCUGACAAACUAAUUUGGUGUAAUAUGACUGAUUGCAAGUAUUCAGAUUUCAUAUUACAAAGAUUGAUAGAAGUAAGAUGUCAUUACCGGAAGCUGAUUGUUUACUUAUUCGUCUUAUUUGGCCAGUGAAUGCUGAAGUAAAUGUACACCCGAGACGUAACAAAGAAGUGACCUAACGUCAUCGUGAAAAGAGUUGAUUUCAGCAACUUAUCGGUACAAGUUAUGCAGUCUUAAUGUAUUCUUGUAAGCAUAUGUAAUGUAUAAUAAUAAUAGAAUUUCAAGGAACCCAAGGAUAAAUUACCAUAAUUUCUCAAGAAAAACACACACCCGAAUAUACUCCAAAUCACCUUUUGUAUAUUCAUGUUUCAUGCGCUCCCAUAUUUGGGUAUCCAUGCUCAAAAAUGUAAGUAUUAUCAUAGUGAAUUAAUGAAUUCGGAUUUCUGUGUUCAGACAGACUUUAAUUAUUAUUAUUACUUUAUUUUUGCUCCGUGCGACCAAGGCUAUUACAUACAAGGUUAGAUUAUGUCGAGUAAGAUGAAAUUGAAUUGAUCACCGGAAAUUAGUCCCGAUUCCCAUUCCUUGCUCUGUCCUCAG